AUCGUCGGCGACGCCUCUCCCUCCACCGCUAUCACAGGGGAGACGUCGGCGUCAUAAGGCCACUGCAACCUCCUCGGCGUCGCCAUCUCCACGACUCCACGAGAUAGUUUGCCAUCAUGCAAACACCAAACAAUUGGUUUGUCGCCUCUGCCUCCACACAUCUUGUUGUGUGCGGACUCCAAGGUUGGAAAGAUCUCCCACAUGAACUGCUGCACUCUAUUUUGCCUCUGUUAAGCUCCCUCCGUGACAUUCUCGCAUUUGCUGCAACCUGCCCGCCAUGGCGUGCUGCAUUCUCUUCAUACCCAUCCAAAUACACCUUAUGCCCACCUCUCCUCAUCCAACCUAAUAUCCGUGUCCCUGCUCCUCAUAUUCCUUCCGACAAUGGUCAUCAGAAGCUACGGACAUGUAAGGUCAUUGAUCCAACCAAACCAAACACCACCAUGCACUGCCAGAUUGAUGAAGUAACUCUGCAUGAGAUGUAUUUUGCUGGCUCUUCCUAUGGUCAACUUAUCUUUUGCAGCAGUCAACAUUGUCUUGUUGUUGAUCCGUUCAGUGGUACCGAGGUUUCACCUCCACAUUUCCCGCUUAGCAUUGAGUGUGGUGAGUUAAGCGUUCCGGAGUUUUCACAUCCACCUGGGGUAUUGUACAGUAGCUCUGAGCAGUCUUCCUACAUUAAGCACUUUUGUGGUUUUCUAACAGCUCCCCUUGCAUCACCCAACUCACACCUCCUUGUCAAUACUAGAUUUUCACUACUUGAUUGGCCAGUUGGAAGCGACUCUUGGUAUGAACUCCAACUCUCUAAUAAAUGGUUAUGUCAGAUUGUGGAGUUCAAUGGUCAGUUCAUCGCCACGGACUAUGGUAAUAGAAUCUACAGGCUACAGCUGGCCCCCCAACUUGGUAUGCAGGAGAUAGCAACUACAAAGUUGCCCGGUUUCAGAUUUUUAUGUAACCAGAAUUACUCAUGGCUAGUGGUCUGUGGUGACAUGCUUCUCAGAGUUACCCGUUUUCAGAUCGACCACCUCGACAUGUCAACCAAGCCUGCAAAAUGGGUAGAGAUGAAAAACCUCGACAGCUGGGCUCUCUUUCUAGGGGGGCAUGUGAUGAGCCCACCGGUUUCUUUCAUGGGCCCAGAACGGUGGGGAGGGAGAAGCAAGUGUUUGUACUAUGCCCGUUACUCUCCAGCUUGGAGUGUAUACUCGCUGGGAGACGAUGACAAUCCCUCGCUUAGAUACAUGAGAGCCUGGUGCCGAAGGCUGCAGCCCCUCUGGCUGUACCCAAGCAUGUUGUACCGCGAUGGCCAGUGAUUUCCGCGUGCAAGAGUGCGACCCUUGGGUAUCACUUGGGAGAUGCUCUAAGUGGUGGCUUCAUUUGCACACGGAGCUGGAUGGGAGCAUUGAAGCUUUUGCGGUUAGUUUGAUGGUCCUGUUUCGAAAACCUGGCAUGCAGGGUAUGUUUAUUGUUUUUUGCUGUUUAAAUCUCACCGGAUGUAUGCACUUUUAGCUAAUUAUCAUUAUUACCUCUUCCUGCUUUGCUGCAACUGAAUAUUGAAGUUUGUAUGUUUAUGGUUGUUGUCUG